CCCUGCAGCGGCCUUUCUCGGGGCGUGGCAGCCCCCGGGCCGUGCCAUGGGCAGGCGGCCGCCAGGCCUGGCCUUGCUGGGGAAGGCGGCGCUGACGCUGGGGCUGGUGCUGCUCUAUUACUGCUUCUCUAUCGGCAUCACCUUCUACAACAAGUGGCUGAUGAAGAGUUUCCAUUUUCCUCUUUUCAUGACCCUGCUGCACCUCCUGGUUAUUUUCCUGCUCUCCGCUCUGACCAGGGCCCUGAUGCAUUGCUGUACCAAGAGGUCCCGUGUGGUGCUGACCUGGGCUGACUAUCUCAGAAGGGUGGCUCCAACAGCAUUGUCGACUGCCUUGGACAUUGGGUUGAGCAAUUGGAGCUUCCUGUACAUCACAGUCUCUCUCUACACAAUGACAAAAUCCUCUGCUAUCCUCUUCAUCCUGCUCUUCUCCCUGAUCUUCAAACUGGAGGAGCUGAGGAUGGCGCUGGUGCUGGUGGUUCUGCUCAUUGCCGGGGGGCUCUUCAUGUUCACGUACGAGUCCACACAGUUCAACAUGGAGGGGUUUGCGCUGGUGCUGGGUGCCUCCUUCCUUGGGGGCAUUCGCUGGACUCUCACCCAGAUGCUCAUGCAGAAGGCCGAGCUGGGGCUUCAGAAUCCCAUUGACACCAUGUUCCACCUGCAGCCUCUUAUGUUCCUGGGGCUCUUCCCUCUCUUUGCUGUGUUUGAGGGGUUGCCCUUAUCUACGUCGGAGAAGUUGUUCCGUUUCCAUGAGGCAGGGCUGUUGCUCAAUGUGGUGGGGAAGCUCUCGUUAGGGGGGUUUCUUGCUUUCGGCCUGGGCUUCUCCGAGUUCCUCUUGGUUUCCAGAACCUCCAGCCUCACUCUCUCCAUUGCUGGCAUUUUUAAGGAAAUCUGCACCUUGCUGCUGGCCACUCACUUGCUGGGAGACCACCUGAACCUCCUGAACUGGGUGGGCUUUGCUGUCUGCCUAUCGGGAAUCUCCCUGCAUGUCACUCUCAAAGCCUUCAGUUCGAAAGGUGAAAAGGAGUCAAAGCUACACAAAGGGACCAGCUCCAGCCCUGACCUGGAACUGCUGCUGCAGCGCAGUGAGGCUGAGGAGGAGGAAGAGGAAGCUGUAACUGAACUACAGCACUAAUUUGGCCCUGAGCACAAUGCCCCUGCUGCAUCUGAUCAUCAGACACAACUGAGCAGCAAACAGGUCCAAUAAUCUUGGGCUGCCGGCUCCUUGAGGUCGGGCACACGAGAGGAAGUAGAGCUGGUGAGGGGCCUGCUGCUCAGCACCCCCAGCCCAGAUCCAUGGAGCCUGUUUGGGUGCAACAGGCAGCACUACACGCUUCCCCUUAAAAGGGAUUGGAAGAGAAACCCAGCUGUAGUGUGGGGGAUGGGGCACAGAAAUGAAGAUUGUAGAGCGAGGGGAGCCCACAGGCUGCAGGUCAUGGAGAUGAGGGUCAGGGCUUACUAUGGACUCUUCCUCCAACUUGUUCUGUUGUCGGUUCCAACGAAAGAAGGCAGAAGGGCCCCUUUGGGGCUCUUUCCCCACAGCUUUGCCGCUCAGAGCCCUUACAUUCUCUGAAGUUGAUGGUAAUAUAUAAAAUCUGGGACUUGCCCCUAUGGGGCAGCCAUUAUACCCAAUAACCUGAUUGGUCCCAGCACAAUGUGAAGAGAGGAUACUCCCUACUUGUUAUUGGGGACCAAUCCAGGCAGGAUAAUCAGGGAAAGAUGUGCACUGCUGGCCCCGUGGGGCUCUAUGGGGCAUUAAGGGCCAGGGUGUCUAGGCAGCAAAUUUCUUUAUUGAAAAGAGUUCUGAUUUUUCAUGGAAAUAAAAUGACUAGCCAGCUCUCGCCUCUGCAUGCAGCUGAAUGUGUGUGCACCUGUUACAGAAAAGCAGAGGCAACUCCCUCCCUCCAUCCAAGCCGUUACCUCUAUCCUGGCACCGUCCUGUGGGAUGUUCAUACUGCCACUUGCCCAGAGAGUCUCCCUGGCCUGGCACACAAGAUGCUUUUGGCUGCAGUAGGUAGGUGUCAGUGCAGAGUGCUGAAUGGCACUGGUCUUCAGCCCCCUUGUCCUCUCCAGGAAAUUAUUAUAAAGAGAACUGCAAGGUGUCUCACCUCUGGACUGCCUCGUCCCUAGCAUGCCUGAAGAGCAAGUUGUGCUCUCUGCUGACUUCCACCAGAAGGAGGUAGAAGAGGAGUGUUUCCUAGAAGUCCAUGUACCAAGAAGGAGGCAAAGGUUUUAGUGUCAUGGGUUCCUGCAGCAGCUUGCACACUGUAACUGCCCUUGACUUUAGGCAAUAACUCCUGCUGCCAGGUUAAGGGCCCAGCUGCUCUUUCCUGGCAGCACAGGUUCGGUUAUGAGUUUUGAGAAUUAAUAUAGUGUUCCCAGAAAUGGACAGCAGGUGGCACUACGACCCCAUAUUCCAAAGCCACGUUGCCACCCAGGCAAGAGAAGAGGGGGGUGUGUGAGUGUGAGUGUGUGUGAGAGAGAGAGAGGAAAAAAAAGUAGGGCCCUACCAAAUUCAUGUCCCUGAAGACCACAUCACGGACCAUGAAAUCAGACCUCCCUAUGAAAUCUAGCUGUUGGAGAGAGAGAGGGGCAGAGCUUGGAGCACCCUGGCUGGGAGCGCCUACCAUUCACCAGGCUCCAGCUGCUAGUCUGCUGGGCUAGGGAGGGACAGGACUUCCUUUUCCUCUGCAUGGCCGCUCUUGGGGGGUUGUGAGAGAUCAGACCCAUCUCUGGGUACCUCCCCCAGCUGCAGGAAGCUGCAUGGCUGCUGCCUUCAGAGCCCAGCUCUGAAAGCAACACAGAAAUGAGAAUAGUAGUCUUGUACCUCACCUACAACAGCUUUGUGACCCCGUGGCCCUCUUCAGGGUCUGGGAGUGGGGCUUUAAUCUGAGCUACUCGUACCCUGAUUUUCAGAUAGCUCUCACCUCAGAGCAAUGUUCUGACACUGCCAGUGAGGAUCCGGCUACCUUGUCACUGAAUUCACUUUCCUGAUGGAAGUGCCAGAGCCAUGAGUGAACUUUAAAGUAACUGACUUGCACCUCCCAGGGCCUGGCAGCUUUUCCAUGAGAGUGUGAAACUAAAAUCUCCAUAUGUCUGCCCUGCCCUGCUGGAGGGAAGAGCUCAGAAAUCUGCCUCUCCAAGAUCUGGGAGCUGCUGCCAGGAGGGUUCAACACCAUCUCAUUUCAGGAGGGCAGAGAGGAAGCCUCAGCUCCGAGUGUCUGUGUUGUGGUUCCCUUGCCUGGGCAGGGCAGAGUGGUGAUAACUGUGGCUCUACCAUCCAUUCUCUAGCAGGCACUGUCUGACAGUCUCUUUCUAGAUCCUAUGUCUGGGAAGAGAAGCAUGGAGACACCUACUGCUUCACUUUAUCUGCCCCAAUAUUUGCUUUAGGAAGCCAGAGCCUGCGGCAAGGAAUUGUCAUUACGGUGAAGCAGCCUUCACCUCUAUAUGUCCAGUGCAGCUUUGGGCCAGGCUGGGAAGGUCGGAGGCUAUGGGAGGACGCUCUGGUCCAGUUUUCUAUGAGGCUCGCCAGGAGUGACAGUGGAACUGUGUCCUCUCCUUUCUUGCCCCAUGAAUUAGACAUGCCCCUGUGGGAAGCUCAGUAAUGCUUUUAUUAAUAAUUAAUUACUCCCUGUUCCUUGGCAGGGAAAUGAGCCUCACUGAGGCCUCAUAAAUCCAGGCAGGGACCCUGCGAUAAAAGGCAGGAGGAGUUCAUUGCGGGGCACCUUCCGGAGCUGCCACAGCAGCUAUGGCAUUUAGUGAAUAAUGAAUGUCUGUGGAAAGGAUGGGUCUGACCCUGCACGCUGGCACAACCAGCAUCUGGGUGCCUUCCACUUUCUGGAGCCUUUCUGAGCGCUUUUUCUGUUGCUUGCUGGGGAGGUCUUCUGUGCUCUGAGCCAGUGGAUGUUUCUGAGGGGCUCGUGCAUCUGCAAGGGCCCCUGUAUAGCAGGAAAUUCAUGUUGUCUUGCUCUCUAGAAAUGAGACAUUGUCCCAUUUUUACCUCACUGCCCCUUGCUGUUCCCUGUCAGGAACUUUGAGGGGCACAGGAUUGGAUCACAGUGUGGACAGGCAGCCUCUGUACAGGGCUGGGCUAGGACAGUGAACUUCAUCCAGAAUAUA